AUGCAGGGCCAGACUUCUCCAAUCGAGACACCCACCACUCCUUGCACGCCUUCAUUCCCUCUCUUCGGCAGUUCGUCACCUCUCCCUCACAGCCGCCAGAGCUCUAUCUCGUCCAUCCAGACCGUGAUGCCCACCCGGCGCUGCUCCUCUUUUCUCUCGCCUAACAGCACAACCCCAACCAGCACCGGUCACAGCAUCCCGAUCAUCCGGCCUCUCCCACUCCGUCCAGCCCUCAGCACCACCCCAACCCACAGCCACAGCCACCGCAUCUCCAAACCUUCUCAGAACCAACACCAACAACAACAACAACAACAACAACAGCGCCGCUCCCGCUCCUGCAGCCGCUCCCCCUCCCCUCAACGCUCCCGCUCACCCCUAACCCACACCAUCUCACCUUCGAACCACCGUCCUCAACCCACCCAACCCACCUUAACCUACUCGCACGCCCUCUCCCACCUCUCCACCUGCCUCAUCCCCUUAAUCUCCGUAACAACCGGCCUUCCCCACCCGACAUUCCCGCGGUCGCUGCUCCAAUACCACCUCCUGACGCAUGCGCAGCUCGACGAGCUGGCCGUGUAUUACCACCAGGUAGUCCCCGCGGUGCGGGAGACGGAUAAGUACCCGGUCAGUAUCCCGGGGUGGGUGGACAGGCGUGGUGAGGAGACGGGGGCAGAGGAGGGGGAGGGGGUGGAUGUUGAGGAGGUGGAGGGGAGGGAGCGGGAGAUGAGGGAGGUGUUGGAGAGGGAGUGGAGGAGGGGGGUUGAGAGGAGGAGGGAGGAGGAGAGGCUGAGGAGUAAGGCGGAGGGGUGGAGGGAGAGGUGGUAG